GUUGCAUCUGGGAAGAAAAGAAGAGAGAGAGAGGGAAAGAGGUGUAGGAUAAGAUCCAACCGUUGAUCAUGGUACUGCUAGACAAGCUUUGGGAUGAUGUGUUGGCUGGGCCACACCCAGAACAGGGCCUGGGCAGGCUGAGGAAACUCACCACCAAGCCAUUGGAUGUCAAAGUUGAUGGAGAGGGAAGCGUGAAAUUCCAGAGAGGCUCCACGUCGAUGCCUGGGACUCCCACCACACCUGUGACUCCUAACACUCCCCCCACGGCUCGGAAAGACAACGUGUGGAGGAGCGUUUUCCACCCUGGUAGCAACCUGGCCACCAAGAACAUCGGUAAUCAGUUGUUCGACAAGCCACAGCCCAACUCGCCUACUGUUUAUGACUGGCUCUACAGUAGCGACACCAAGAGCACCCAUCGUUGAAGUCGAAAAUUCUAUCGAAAGAGUAAAAAAUGGCAUGUAAAAAGUUUCCAAGUAGCUGCUGCUUGUUUGGUUUUCGGCUCGAGGCAUUGGCCUUUCUUAAGCGCUUUCUUAUUUUGACCAUGAGUAUGGUCUAUGAUGCAUAAGGUGGCACUGGAGUAUGGCAUGGCGUGCGUAUGUAUAUAGGAAGAUUUUCUACUAAUCAGAAGCUUAGUAUGUGUAAUGAACUAUGUUUGACUGGUUUAAUUCCAGCUUGCAAUGGUCCGUUUUGGUAUCUUAAGUUGUGUUUGAUAAGAAGUUUUGGACAGCUGUUUGGAUAAUAUAAAACCUGUUUGCUUGGAGUUUGGUAA